ACCGGAAGUUGCGUCGAUGGAAAGCGCAGAGAUACCGAGGAAAAUGGCGGCCCAACCCCUAAAAAAUGAACCACCUUUCAAACGUCAAAAACUCAACGAGGAGGAUAAUAAUGAUUCAGAUGAACAAGGAUGUUCUAACAUAUCAAAAGAUAAUGAUGCUGGGAAUACUGAACAAGUUCAUGAGACAGAAACACUACCAGACAACUCUGACAAUUGUAGCGAGAUCAGUAAUCUGUCAGGACUAUCUGAAGAAGCAUGGAAACCUACCUCAGGUGCUAUGACAUGGAUUCACAAACAGAUAAUGAAUGGAGUAAACCCUCGCCCAAUACUAAAUGGGUUGAUACCUGAUGAUACUCUAAUCCCAAAUGACAUUGAUGAUUUUACUUUAUGGAAGAUAGUCAUUAAUAUAAUGUCGGAGCCACCUCCAAGAAAGAAACUUAGCCAUAUCAACACACUGCAAGAUGUCAUACAACUACUUCAGAACUGUAAAAAUAUAAUGGUACUUACUGGAGCUGGGGUAUCUGUUUCCUGUGGUAUCCCUGAUUUCCGAUCUAGAGAUGGAAUUUAUGCUCGCCUUGCUGUAGACUUUCCAGAUUUACCUGAUCCACAAGCCAUGUUUGAUAUCAACUACUUCAGAAAUGACCCAAGACCUUUCUUCAAAUUUGCAAAGGAAAUAUAUCCAGGGCAAUUUGAACCAUCACGUUCACACAAGUUUAUAAAUACAAUAGAGAAACAUGGUAAAUUGUUGAGAAACUACACACAGAAUAUUGACACAUUGGAACAAGUUGCUGGUAUUACUAAAGUUAUUCAAUGUCAUGGUUCUUUUGCUACAGCCACUUGCAUGACAUGUAAACACAAAGUUAGUGCAGAAGGUGUUAGAGAAGAUAUAUUUAAUCAGGUUAUACCUAAGUGUCCAGUGUGCCCUCCAGACAGUCCAAUGUCAAUAAUGAAGCCAGACAUAGUGUUUUUUGGUGAAAGUUUGUCUGAUGAAUUCCACAAACAAAUGACAGAGGACAAAGACAAAUGUGAUUUACUUAUUGUGAUUGGAUCAUCUCUAAAAGUGAGACCAGUGGCACUUAUACCAAAUUCACUGCCUGAAGAUGUACCUCAGAUUCUUAUCAAUAGAGAACCUCUGAAACAUUUAAACUUUGAUGUUGAAUUACUCGGUGAUUGUGAUGCUAUUGUGGAGGAACUGUGUAAACAUUUAAAUUGGGACAACAAAUCACGAUCACCCUUACUUCAUGAAAUAUCAAAAUGUGAAUUGAAAACACCAACAGCAUCAGACAUUGAUGAGAGUGGUAGUGAUAAUGAUGUUAAAUGUCAGGGGUCACUUGAAAGUCAAAGUGUAGAAGAUAAAACAGAUGAGUGUAGCUGUGAUCAAAAGACAGACAAGAAAGUUUCCAACUCAGAGGAUGUCAAAGUUUGUGAUGAGAGAGAUGAAAAUAUCUGCUUAAAAGAUAACAAAAAGCCACAGAUUCCAGUCAGUGUUGAUCAUAGUAAAAGCUGUACUGUUGUAAAUAAAUCAGAUUCUAGUCCAGUUAUUAUAUCACAAAAUGAUAAGGUAACAGAUGGUCAAACUAGUGAAAAUGUAAAAAUAACUUUGGAGACCAGUUCCAAAAUAACUGAAACAGAUAGUCAAGACCAAUCUUUAGACAAUGAAUCUGGAACGAAAAACACUCUUGAAAAUUCUAAACUAGAUGGAAAAGACAGUUGUGUAUCUGGUGAAUCAAAGAAUAAUUCAGCAUUACCAGUGGAUAGUAACAAGAAUGAUUUGCUGUUGUCUGAUGAUUCCAAAGAUGGAGAUGAUGAUGACUUUGAGAUAAGGAGUAUGUGGAAACCAGGUCAUCAUGGCAGUCUUGCUAAAAGAUUAGAAGGCAAACAGUACUUAUUUCUUCCGCCUAGUAGAUAUGUAUUUUCUGGAGCAGAAGUGUAUUCUGAUAUGGAGGAUGAUUCUGACUCUGAUGUAUCAUCAAUCUCUUCUACAUCAGAUGAUGAAAGUGUCAUUGAUGAUGAAAUGAAUGAUUCGGAAUCAAACCUAGUCCAUGGUAAUGAAAGGAAUGAUUCCAACAUUCUCCCUUCUGUAAAUGGGGAAAAAGAAGAUUCAGAAUUGCACCUCAUCAAUGGUGAUGAAAGGAAUGAUUCCAAAACCCUCCAUUCUGUAAAUGGUGAAAAAGAAGAUUCGAAAUUACACCUAGUCAAUGGGGAUGAUAGUGAUAUAUGUAAUGGCUCAGUUAACAAUGAAACAAAAGACAUUAAUAACCCGGUGAAUGGUGUUUUCCAUGAACAGACACACUUAUCUUGUAAAGCAGAUCUAAACACCUCAAAUGGAAUGGUUUUAAAAUAUGACUCUCAACACAAGACAAAAACAUUGCAAAAAUCAUGUAGUGGGAUGCAUCAAAGCUAUGAAGAAUUAGAGGAACCUGAAAGACUUGAAAAAGUACAAUCAGAUAACACACACAGUGAUCCAUUACCUCAAUCUAACAAUAUAUGACAUGGUGUAUGAUCAUUUCACAGUAUAAUGGCAUUGUACUAUAAUCAUUGUUUUCUAGUGUUUAUUGUUUAAAAAAUCUUUUACAUUUCCUGCUUUUGUUGCUUCAUCUUUGUCAUAUCAACAAAACUGCAACAAAAGCUAUCACUGUGUGAUAAUUAUCAGCUUCAUUUAUUAAUAAGUAUAAUACUCUGGAUUCAUAUAUAUUUGUGGGUACAAAUUGUCAUGGAUAUUUUCAUGUGUACUUGCUUUCAUGGUUUAAGGAAGGAGGUGGUGGUGUCCUGAAUUCCUGAAAAAAUUAAUUCUUUCCCGAAUCCCGAAAAAAUAAAUCAUUAAUUCUUAAGUCAUAGUAGGUGUACAUCCCGAAUUCCUGCAACUACAUGUAUAAAGGCCCAAUCCCGAAUUCUGGCAAAAAUAUAAUCACAAUCCUGACGUCCUGAAAAAGAUCCUUCUGCCUCUCUUUAAACAAACCGUAUGCAAGCCUAUAAAGAUUUGCAUUUGUUAAAUUUUUAAAUUGUUCACCUAUACCAAAAAAAUCCAUGAAAUUACUAGUACUCCAAUAAUAAUAAUGAAUCCAAAGUAAAGACAGUUUGAGUUGCAAUUCUUGUUAUAGAAUGAAGGUCAAACUUUAUUUGCAGCAAUCGUUUAAAAAUUAGACUAUGAGAAAAAGCAAAUAAAAUGUUCUUUUUUAAACUAUCAAAUUAAUUAUUGUCUUAGUUUAUAAUUACUUAUAUUGAACUUUAUAUUUGAAAUAAAUGGUCAAAAUCAUAUUUAUAAAAAAAAAUUUGUCUCAUUGAAACUAAGUGUUUUUGUCACUUAAGUAAUGUCAUAUCGAACAGAAAGUUUAAGACAGAUCUCUGAUUACUAGAUUGUAAAUCUUCUGAAAUUCUAUGCAAUAGACCGAUCAUUUUAGGGGAGAUAUUUUAAUUCAAAUUUAAUUUUUUGGUGACUGAAAAAUUGUUUAAAUUUCAUUAUGGAGUUGGGUUGAUAGUAGUUAAUUAUUUUAAAAAGUAUUCUGCAUCCAAAUGUGGAUAUUAAUGAUACUUUAGGCACAUUUUUUGUAACUAUGUACAAGAUGUAAAAAUUAAAAGUUUUAACAUCUUUGUAGGAAAACUUCACAAAAAUAUUUUAAAAAACACAAACAAUCUUUAACACCUCAAGAUGAGAUAACGUAACUUUCAAUUCAGAAUUCAAAUUGUCCUUUAAGUCAUGUAAGUAUAAGAAGUUUUUUCUCCAGCUUUUUUCUAUUAUAAAAACUCUUUUUGCUAAAAUCUGCCUGAAGAUUUUUUCCUCAUUUCGUUCCUUUUUUUUAAGUAUCUUCGAAUACAAAUAAAAUAUGAUGUAGCAGGAAUUCAAUGUUUAUUUCAGAAAUGUUUUAAUUUAUUUUAGAACCUUCAAUAUUGCCAAUGAAUAAUUUCCUUGUGACUGCAUUGUUUUUACCUUUUCAAGUCAUACAAAAAAAUGUCUACAUUGUAUUGCCAAUUUGAUUGGAAUACUGAUCCUGUGUCCACAUUACAUUAACAAUCAUCUGACGGCAUUCUGUUUAAAUUCGAUUCUAAAGACCUUUUCAGGAUCUUCAGGAUUUGCUUUAAUGUUAAUUACCUUCAAAAAUUUUGAUGGUGUAUUUUCAUUGGUUGAUGCAAUGAUUACUAAAACAUAAAGUGAUACAUCGCAUUGUCUGAUCCUUGUUAUUGAAGCAUAGACAGAGGAUCUGUAUAAUAAUCAAAUUGUCUUAUUUCAAAUUUGAAAUAUUAAAUAUGUAUUGUUCAUAACAAUUUAUAGAUUUAUA